CAGUGUUUGUUUUGAUGUAAAUACUGAGAGUAUUCGAUAUCUUACGUUUACCGAACCAAAGUAAUUGGAGCAUACUUGCAAUUGCACUCCUGAUGAGCUCAAUCAGAUAGUUCAUUAUUUAUCCUUCACAAUCUCAAUUUGAAUCAACUUGAAAAACGAGAAAGAACGAAUUCUAGUCAUAAUUAACCUAAAAUUGGAGCACUAGGUGGAGGUUAUUCGUUGAAAUAAUUACAUUUCUUGAGAGGAAAAGAUGAUUUAGUGGUGUUUACUGACUUGCUGGCGGUCACUUGUUCUGACAAAUCAUUGACAACGAUAUUUGUUUGCAUUUGUUUACACAAUGGCGUCCGGCAGUGAAAAUGCCACGGAAGAGAGGAUUGAAUCGACGCCAAGCCAGCCCGCUGCUAAUGUUUGUGACGGGGCGCAUAAAAACAUUGGAAUGGAGAAAGAGUCUGAUGUCUCUGGUGUACCUUCAAAGAAAUCCAGGGUUGAGAUUCAGUCAUUACCGACUAGACAGUACCUGGAUCAAACUGUAGUCCCUAUAUUACUCCAAGCGCUAUCGAGUCUUGCCAAGGAACGGCCAGCAGAUCCAAUUAGUUUUUUAGCAGCUUAUCUAUUAAAAAACAAAAAUCAGUAUGACAACGGUGGAUCUCCUCCAGUCAGCCAAUGAGUAUUAUCCGGCUCCGAGUAAUUUUGUGGCAUACCGUAAAUAAAAUGGACUGAUGUCAAACGAUGUAAUACUUUCUUCGUUUUACAUUCUCAUCAUCAAAAAUCCUGAUUUUUUUCAGUGAUAUGACUCAUAUCAUUUGGAGUUUUCGAUGUAAUCAACUUUUGGUUAUUGAUGUAAAACGAAUUACUCGAUUUCUUCAUUCAUUGAGAGUAAAUCAAAACCGUUACGCAAAAAUUCAAGUUUUUGUAUUUUUCCAGUGAAAACAUUGUUGGCUUUGUAAUUUCUGAAUAAUUUUUCCAUUGAAAAUAAAUAUAGAUAGUUGGUGAGAAAUUAA